AUGAGGGUGUCCUACUCUAGCGCAGCGCUGCUGCUCAACGGUGCAUUUGCUCUCGCUCAGUCAACCAACGGCACUCGCGUCACAUGUCCUUCAACCUCCAAGUUCUCCGCCAUCCCUGCAUCCAAAUUCUUUGCCGAGAUCAAUCCCGGUUGGAAUGUUGGAAACACCCUAGAUGCUGUCGAGACUGAAGGCAGUUGGAACAAUCCACCUGUCGUCGCCAGCACGUUUGACGACGUCAAGAAAGCUGGGUUCAAAGGCAUCCGUCUACCCGUCACAUGGGCGUACCACUUUAAUUCGCAGGGUCCGGAGUGGAAGGUUGAUGAGAAGUGGCUUCAGAGGGUUUCUGAUGUCCUCGAUCUCAUUACGGAUAGGGGUCUUUAUGUGAUUGUAAAUGUGCAUCAUGAUAGUUGGACAUGGGCGGAUUUGACACAAGCGAGCACGAACGUUACCGCGGUUGAAGAGAGACUAGCGAAGUUGUGGUAUCAGAUAGGCACCAAACUCGCCUGCAAAAGUGAAAAGGUCGCUUUCGAAACUAUCAACGAGAUCCGUGGAACGACCGCGGAACAUGGCAAGAUUGUCAAUCGGCUGAACAAUAUCUUUCUCCAGGCCAUUAACGAUGCCGGAGGUUAUAACCCGCAGAGAGUUGUCACGCUUGUUGGUGUAGGCGAGGAUGCCGUAAAGACGUCUCAGUGGUUUGAGAGGCCAGACGCGAAGUUUAAGAACCCAUGGGGGAUCCAGUACCAUUACUAUUCGCCCUAUGACUACAUCUUCCAAGCCUGGGGCAAGACCACCUGGGGCUCUGAAGCGGACAAGGCAAGCUUAGAAGCCGACAUCGCUGCUGUACGCAGAAACUUCACAGAUAUUCCCCUCAUUAUCGGCGAGUGGGCCGCUUCACCCGUGGCCACCGAGACGGCGGCACGCUGGCGGUACUUUGACUUUUUCCUCCGGACUGCUGCAAAAUACAACACCGCAACGAUUUUGUGGGACAAUGGUGCAGAUUUCCUAGACCGUGCAACACACCAGUGGCGUGACCCCGUCGCACUAGACAUCUAUCGCAACGCAGUAAAAGGCACUCCAAACGCACUGCCCGAUAGCACGACCGACGGUUCCAUAACGAAGCAACAAAGCUCAGCGUAUAUCUACCACAAGAAGGGCACCAAUGUCAAUGAUACCAUCCUACCAUUCCACUUCAACGGCAACACGCUCAAGAAGAUCACAGCCCCCAACAAAGCCCUCACAAAAGACAAGGAUUACAAAGUUGCAGGCGAGACCAUAACCUUCUCCGCCUCCUUCCUCGCUACAAUCUUGACACCCACUGCCCCCACUGGCUCCCUCGCAAAUCUCACCCUGUCAUUCAACAAGGGCACUGACCUCCUCGUGAACGUACUGCGAUACUCCACGCCCGUGCUCGGCUCAACUAGCUCCGCGCUGCCCGCGACGUCAGCCGACCUGCUCAUACCCAUCACAUGGGCAGGCCAGAAUCGGCCUGCCGCGGUAAAAGCCGUCAAGAGCGACGGUACUUUCUUGGUCGAUGACUGGACGCAGAACCUGCCUGAGUUGCAGCGCGGAAGAAUGACGUACAAUGGGCAGUGGAAUUGGGAUGGGAGUCAUAUUAUUAUCAAGGCUGCGGUGCUAGAUGCGAUUAGAGCGGCGGGCAAGACGACGAGGUUCACGAUUGAGUUCUAUCCUAGGGAGGAGGGGAACUCGGUGGAUUACACUAUCACGGUGUAAGUUGGGGGAGAAAGUGAGGAGAGUGCUAUCGUUGCUGGACGGGUAGAUUCUUUGUAUAUAUUCGACGGUAUGUUGGGUGAAAUGGGGCUGUAUAUAUGAGAG